GGGAGGCGGGGGCGCGCUCGCACGCGUCGCGGGACCGGAAAGGAGGCGGGGCCGCGACGGCGCGCCCCCGGAACGCGCGGCGCAGGCGGCGCGGAUCGCUGGGAGCCGGUCCGCGGCCGGAACGGGGUCCCGGGUGUGCGUGUGGAGCGGGGCUCGGGGCGUCCGCCGCGAUGAACACGGUGCUGUCGCGGGCGAACUCGUUGUUCGCCUUCUCGCUGAGCGUGAUGGCGGCGCUCACUUUCGGCUGUUUCAUCACCACCGCCUUCAAAGACCGGAGCGUCCCGGUGCGGCUGCACGUCUCUCGGAUCAUGCUAAAAAAUGUAGAAGACUUCACUGGACCUAGAGAAAGAAGUGAUCUUGGAUUCAUUACUUUUGAUAUAACUGCUGAUCUAGAAAAUAUAUUUGAUUGGAAUGUUAAGCAGUUGUUUCUUUAUUUAUCAGCAGAAUAUUCAACAAAAAAUAAUGCCCUGAACCAAGUUGUCCUUUGGGACAAGAUUGUUCUGAGGGGUGAUAAUCCGAAGCUGCUGUUGAAAGAUAUGAAAACAAAGUAUUUUUUCUUUGACGAUGGAAAUGGUCUCAAGGGAAACAGGAAUGUCACUUUAACCCUAUCUUGGAAUGUUGUACCAAAUGCUGGAAUUCUACCUCUUGUGACAGGAUCAGGACAUGUGUCUGUCCCAUUUCCAGAUACAUAUGAAAUAACGAAGAGUUAUUAAAUUAUUCUGAAUUUGAAACAACAUAUUUUUAUACCUAAUGAAUCGUAUUUCAUUUAUCUCUUCCCUUGCAUCUUCAUUUGUUUUUAGUUGUUAACUUUUUGGGGGGGGGCACAAGAGUGAACAUCAAAAGGCAUAUUUGAAGGGAAAGAUUAAAGUGCUACUUAAACUUAAUUUUACAAACAGAAACAAAGGCCACUAGAGUGGAGUAUCAUAAGGAUUUGUAAAAUAUUUAUAUUUGAAGUAUUCCCUGUAUUUCCAUUAUUCUUUAUGGAAUAUGAAGUGAGCAUGAAGGGCAGUUAAACCUUUCUGGUGCCUGUGGAGUUAGAGGAACCCUGUGCUUUGCACUUAUGCAGGUUCACAUUGGGUGUGAUUUAGAAGCAGACAUUCUCUCUUAGCUCUUUGAGGGUAUGUCUAAAUACUGGAAAAAUUAAGUUGUUGAGAAGUCUGUUUUACAAAAUAGCCAAAAGUGAUGGAAUUUUAUUCCGUUUGUCUAAAGAAUGCCCACAAUGCUUGGUUUUCUUAUAGGAGACUGGCAACUUGCUCCACUAAAGACUAAAUACCUCUUUACAUGCUGUAAAUCAUUCUAAAUCAUUUUAAAGUCUCUUAAGUCAAUCCAAUGUGUGUUUCUCAGUGCUUUUUUAAAAAAAGUUCCUUGGUAUUAUGUCUGUGUGUGUGUGUUUUUUUUUUUUUUUUUUUUUUUUAAACAUUGCCACUGGAAGUUAAAAAUGCAUGGUUUAUCCUAUGAGUUAAAUUUGUUCUGGUAAGCAUGCCUAGUGCCACUGAGAGGUAAUUAUCUAAGAUUUUUUUCUAGUUCCAUAUUUUGCUAAAAUGGUGUGCUUUUCCAUUUACAAGCACUCAUGUAUUUUACUGUAUGUGAUCCUCAGAAUCUAAUGAGGUAAGUAGUACAAAUGUUAGCUCUUUGCAGAUAAAGAAACUGAAACCCAGAAGUUCAUUGAAUUGCUUCAAGGUUAUUACCUAGCUAGCAAGGAAGAGAGUUAACCCUUGAACUCUCAUUUAUCUCUUCCCUUGCAUCUUCAUUCGUUUUUGAACAUCUGAUCUUAAACUAUGAUCUAAUUCUCUGAUUAUAUCCUUUCCUUUAUACCUCAGAUUACAGACUAAUCAAAAUUCACUUAUAUAAUUUUCAAUAUAUUUUUUGUUACCCUGGAUGCCCUUUGAAUUACCCACCAGAGGUUUCCCAUCCUGUAUGGAAGUGACUAAUUUUCAAGUUGCCAACAAUUUAUAUAGAGGUAAUAUCUCACUCUUUCUCUACAUAAAUUUUAUUCAUGUUAAGAGUGUAAGAAUCCAAAUGUAUCUAAAAAUAAUUUAGAGAUUGAUUAUAUGAUCAUAUUUAACAUAAUUUUUUCCUGCAGUGGGCAAACAAACAUCCUCAAAGGAAGCAGCUACAAAUCAGUCACCCUGAAAAGCAAAACCACACACUGUAGGUGCACUGUCAGCAGUGACCACCAAGGGCUAAUGUUUCCUAAGAAUAACAUUUGUUAUACUUAGUUCAUGUGAAAUAACAGCUCCCUUUAGUUAUAUCAGUUAUAGGACAUGUGUUCCUGUGAAGUCAGAGGUAUCCUGAAUACUGCACUGAGUUUGGCUCCCAAAUUUUUAUUAAACUUUUCAGGGCUUCAUUUCUUUAUGUCUAAAAUGAGAAAGUUGGACUAGUUAAAUUAAAUAAUGGUUCUUUUAUACCCCACAAGUCUAUAAAAUUCUUGUACUUGUUGGGCAAGAAAGAUUGAACAGAAAAGCACCUUAGUAAUGUAAAGACAGCAAGGUGAAUUAACAUACACUUCGUAUUGAUCUGACUUCGUUUUUGUUAGAAUCUACAUCCAGAAAUUUAACCCCAUGUAGUUUGUACAAAUACCAGACAAGGAAACUUAAAAUUGGCCACUGUCACAGCUUAAAGAUGUGUGUUCUUUGGGGUGUGUUCUCCCCAAAGGGACAUGCAGUGAGCCUGUGGCUUUGGCGGGUCGAGGGCCUGGAUCUGUGUCUGCUGGAGAUGAACAGAUUUAACUCAGUGAUUGUUCAGUCUGUGCCUACCUGCUCUUGGAGUUUGCUGAGGAAUAGUAGAAAGGCUCAUUUGAAUGAAGGGUAAAUAGUUUUUUGCUUUUACGUAAGGGAAGCUGCUCAGGAUAAGAUGCCCAAAGUGGGAAUAAGAACUCCUCUCAGGAGCUCAUUUUUGGGUGUGCAGCUUUGCAGGUUCACUGAAGUUCUACCAACCUGUUGCUUAGUUGGUAACUGUACCGUCUAUUUUAAUGUCAGUGUUUUCAUGAGUCUUACAGUCUCCACAAAGACCUGAGGCUUCAUACUUACACAAACCUAAGAAUGAGGAGGAAUAUCUGAGUGAGGAGGUGAUCCUGGGGAAAGAGAAUAAUUGCAAGACACUUAUUAAAGUAGUUUAGAAAUGAGUCAAUUUUAAGAUGUGCUGCUUACAUGGCCCUUUUCUCUAGACAAACAGCUCUAUCAGUAUUUUGUUACUCCCUUCAUUGAUUGCAUUUGGUUCCUUCGUGCUUAAAGGGAAAUAACAGAAAACUGAAGAAAUUCCUUACGGUGUAAUAGGAAUGGUUACUGUGAGUUUCCGCCCUGGAAUCAUUUGACAGCUCUGGUGGGUCUGGCUAGCCUAGUAACACACUAAGAGGUGGGCUUUAAGGCUGUAAGGAAUAUUUAUUUGUUCACUAUUCUAUCUAAAGCUUAGUGAUCCAAAGCUUAACAUCUGUGGAGUAUAGGUUAAUGGAAAUACUUUGAUGCUUUGGACAUCAAAUGAGUUUACGGGGGAAGAAAACAAGCUGUGAAGUUUGGUAGUAAACAUCCAUCCAUUUCAGAAGCUUUCCUUGCUUUUAGCAGAUGGCCUGUGUACCUUUCAUUCAUGUUGAUUCCAAGUGGUUUAAAGAGUUCUAUUUCAAAAAAGUUGUUGCACGUUUUGAUGCAAUUCAGAAACUGUUCACUUUACAAAAUGAUGAAAACGUGAAAAUACUGAAGAUAUGUUUGAGGAUUUUCUUAAUUGCAAUAAAUGUUCAGUGUUUUUCUAAUGAAAAUGCAUUUUGUUUACAAGUGAGAGUAUGCAUUUUAAAAGAUUUUCAGAUUUAUGCUUUUUUAAAUGUGAAGCUGCUGAACUAAAAGGAAAUGGAUGAAUCCGAGUCUAAGAGUAAACUGGAGUUUUUUCUUUUUUAAUGUGAGGUGGGCGGGGAAGGCUAGUCACACUCAAAUCUUUCUGCACUAGACUGUGAGCUCUCUGAGGGCAGUCUGUUGACUUUAUCCUUGUAUCUUCCCCAGCGCCUAGCACAGUGCUCUGCACAUGAUGGGUGCCCAAUAAAUACUGAUGCUGAAUGAA